AAGAUGAAGAGGCAAUCAUUGAUGUUGUGUCAGUCAAAACUGGCAAAAAGCAACUAUCGUUUGCAAAGCAGAUAGCACGCUUUGAUUUGGAAUCCCAACGCAAAGAAAAAUACGAAGACUCGGACGAAGAUGCGCUCCCUGUCUCUCGCCGACCUCGUGGUAGACCACCGGGUCCCUCAAAACGAAGGGCCAAUCGAUCUGGUCCCGCUCCGAAACGUACUCGCAUUCAGAAUCAUUCAGAUCAUCAACAACCUGAACAGCCAUUCACAACAUCAUGUCAGUAUCAAAAUUCGAUGCGACAGUGCGCAUUACAGCGACAUUCAUUUGAGGAUACGGAGAAAAGGCGGCUACAUAAUAAUAUGGAGCGACAACGUCGAAUAAACAUGAAAGAAUCCUACGAACAGUUAAGAAUGCAGGUGCCAGCGGUUGCGGGCAAUGACAGAGCGUCGAAGGUGUCCAUCUUGAAGCAGGGGGCAAUGUUUAUUAAUUCACUAACCGAAAUUGGUAACACUUUGAAAACUAAUGUCACAUACCUGAGGCAGCAGAAUGAGAUGCUCAAAAGAAAACUACAGCAACAGAAACAAAUUUUCAACAACACUGUAGGCAAACUUUCAUCUUCUUCGUAGAAAAAAUUAAAAUUAAAGCAACACUGCGCAUCUAUCCGAUUCUU